AUGCAAAGUAUUGAUAAUCGUCAUGAAAUCAUUUCAUGUCGUAAUGAUUCAAGUUCCAAUCAUUCACAAGUUGAUGCUCAGUUUUACUUGAUUCUAAACAUGAAACAAAAGAAAAAAAUUAAUGUCACCUCCAUUCAUGAAAUCCACAUGUUUAUGACAAAUAAGGAAAUAAACUAUGAACUUUGA